UUAUCAUCAAUUCUUAACAUUUUAUUUCUUUACUGGGUUAAACAAGGAGCAGAGAAAACCUCGGCCCCAAAAUACAACAGAACUGAAAGCAUUACAGGUACAGAGACUAUUGAACACAGAGAGUAGUAGGAUAAUAUUUUAAUACAACUGAAUUAUAGCAUGGGAUUGUGUUUUUGUUGGGUUUUUUUUGUUUGUUUUUUGUCAAACCAGUUUGGAAAAUAAAUGUAAUAGGAACUAGUGCAAAAAAGUUCUAAACAUGAAGCACAGUGUAUAAAAUGGCAUAAGAAAACUGUCCCCUCGAGGACACAGUCACUUUCUUAUGACAGAAGGGAGAAAGAGAAACAGAAGGGGGGUGGGAACAGAGGGAGGGUCCAGGAGGCGGAGGAGGAAAAGCUGGAAAGAAAGAGAAACCGGGCCGGGGGAUCGGAGAGGAUACUUUGACUUCAGCAAUGUUGGUUUGUGUUUCACCACCACACACUGUUACAGGACCUCGUUGGGGUCGGGCCGAGCUCUGUCACCACCCACAUGGCACAAGCACUUGAGAAGGGUUCGGGCACCGGCAGCCUGGGCACUGCAGGGCUCACGGUCCCCCCGAGGUCCCCACAGGUGCCCCCAAGCCCUGGGACACCCAGCAAGGCAGGGAGCCCCAGCUCGGACACGCUCCAGAGGGAGAAGGGCACGAGGGGCUGGGGUCUCCUCCUGCUCUCCCUUCCCACAUCCCUCCCGAGCACGGCGUUGGCUCCCUCAAGGACCAGCACAUGGAAUUUGCUCCCAAUUUUCUCCCCCUUUUGAAGGCAUCCUGAGGCUGUGUCAGAACAUGAGGCUCAGAGGAGCUGGAUUCAGUUUGGGUUGGAACAGAAAACCAAACCAAACCUCCAUCAGAGGGAUGGCCGGGGAUCCCCAGGAAUUCCUCCCAGGCAUCAGCAGCCCCGAUUCCCACAGGGAAGGUGUCCCUGCAUUCCCAAGGUGUUAUCCCGGCCUGCUCAGCCAGGAUUUGCUCCAGCCUGUUCCCACCACGGAGCCACCCAGCCUCCUGCCCUGGAGAAACUGGCUGGAUGCUAUUUUAAGGAGAGCUGGUUGGAAUUCCUUACAAAUUGCUAUUCUCUCCCAAUCUGCUGCUGCCCCUUCUGAUUCUGUGAGCAGAAAAAGUGUGAUUAAUUUUUAAUUUUUUUUUUUGCCUCGUUUGGAAAAUGAAAGGUUUUGUGGGAAAGGACUGUUCUGGAUGCAUUUCUCAAUUUGGAAAAAAAAAAAAAUUGGUCAUAAUGAUCAAUCUGGCUUGCUUUGAGAAGUUUCAAAAUUUAAAAAAAUCACUGUCUGGCUCUUUUUGUCUUUUUGUUGUGCAACUUAGGCAUGUCCAGUUCCCAAAUACAUUUAAAAAUGGUAAAACCAACCCCAAAUGUAAUAAGCCAAAGCUAAUUCUUGGGGUUUUUUUGUUGAGUUUCAGUUUAUAACAAGCGGAGUUGUCAACCUUCUGGGCUGAAAAAGGAUCAUCCUGAAGUGCUAAAAAGGCUGGAAACCACUCCUGGCCUGCCUGGAACACAGGGCCUGGAGAUGUGGAGCAGGAAAGUGUGGAGGGACUGGGCUCAGGAACUCACCCAUCUCCUGCCCAGGCCUUUGAGAGGGGCUGAGAGCUUUGAUAAAACCCCAACAACUUUUAAAAUUUAUUGUUCCUUAUUUUUUCAUGAUCCUCAAUUAAAAAUGGUCCAUCCCCCACCACAAACUUCCCUCUGCUCCCUUCCUCCUUCCUCACAGAGACAUGCAGGGCUGGGAGGUCACCCAGAAAGCCACCUGGACCACGAACACACCAAAAAAGAGCUGCUAAAAUGCUUCCAUUCCUGGAAUAAAAUGGACUGAUGGUGGGAGCAGCCCCAGGGCUGCUGUGAUGCAGGAGCUCUGAGCAGGUUCCUUCUGUGGGACAGGGGAUGAUUUUGGGCUUGUGUAAUGAUGGUACCUCCAGCUGGGAUGCCCAUGAGCUAACUUUUGGACUGAAGGAGAUCCUUAACACCCAACCUGAACAUGGCCCUUCCCAACUUUUCCAGCCUAGUUUAAGAGAGAUUUAACCCCCAGGGAUGGCAGCACAAAAAGCUCAUUGACAGAAUUCCCUGCCUGUCUUGGGUUACAAUGUAAGAUGUAACCAAAGGAUAGGUGGGGCAGUGUUCUUUAUCUCCUCCAUGACUCAGCCCUGAUAACUCCCUCCAGGAGCCAUCUCCACUAAUGGGCCAUCAGGGUCCAUUACAUCAUCCCAUUGUGAGAUGCUCCACCCAGGGGGAGGAGCCAAACAUUCCUACCUGGAUAUAAUCUGAAGCUGGAACACCCCAGGAGCACUGCCACUGGACUCCCAGAGGAAAAGAGCUCCAUGACCACCGCUGGACCUCCAGGGAAGGACCAGAUCUUUCUACAGGAUCACUGUUUCGACAGAACCACAUCCAUCACUGCAUUUCAUCGGGCUGCUACCACCACCCUGACCGGCAGGCUGCCAGGUCUACUCUGGCUCUAUCAGUCUAAGCCAGUGUUUCUGUACUACUGCCUUUCAUUUUCCUAUUAAAUUGUAGUUCUGACUUCUGCUUUGCUUUCAAGCUAGAACAUUUCUGGUGCCCACAGUGGGCGCUCCUGGAAGAUGGUGGUGGUGAAGCGCAGCGCUCUCUCCUUGCUGGAGGUUUACACCGAGGACUCGGAGCCGGAGUGGGACGGCGAGGCCGGCACGGCAGGGAGCGAUGGGGCAGCGCCCACGGGGGAGAAAGGAGGCCUGGUGUCAGCUGGGUAUGGAGAAGGUGACUUCACCCGCCUGGAUGGGGAUGAGGAAGGGUACGAAGAGGAGGAGGAGGAUGGGAACAGCAGGCGGUCAGAAGAUGACAAUUCACAGACUGAAAAACCUGAGGCUGGUGACCUAAAGAAAUUCCGAGAAGUGGAGGAAAGAGAUCCUCAGGAGCUGGUUCUUUCUUUUUCAGAGACAGUGUGGAACAUGUCUCCAGAUGAGAUCAAAAUCCCACCUGAGCCUCUUGGCAGCUGUUCUAACCAAUUGCAGGAUAAAAUUAAAAAGCUGUAUGAGUGGAAAAUGAAAGAGGGCAUAGAUAUGAACUACAUCAUCCAGAACAAAAAGGAAUUUUGCAAUCCCAGCAUCUAUGAAAAGCUGAUCCAGUUUUGUUCCAUUGAUGAAAUUGGUACAAAUUACCCAAAGGACAUGUUUGAUCCUCACAGCUGGUCAGAGGAUUCGUAUUAUGAAGCACUAGCGAAAGCCCAGAAGACCGAGAUGGACAAAUUGAAGAAGGCCAAGGAAGAACGUACAAAGAUUGAAUUUGUGACUGGCAUUAAAAAAGGUACAAGAAGAAGUGCUGCUUCCACAACCACAACAUCCAGCACCACUGUGGGGGAUGCCCAGAAGAAGAGGAGGAGGUGCAAGUGACACGUAUUGAGGAAGGGUCUCAAAGAAUGACUCAUAAAAUUACAUCAUCUCAUUGUGAGCUCCCCAGCCCUGAGGGGAAGAACCAAACAUUCCUACCUGGAUAUAAUCUGAAGCCUGGAACACCCCAGGAGCACUGCCACUGGACUCCCAGAGGAAAAGAGCUCCAUGACCACCACUGGACCUCCAGGGAAGGACCAGAUCUUUCUACAGGAUCACCGCUUUGACAGAACCACAUCCAUCACUCCAACAGCCCCCAUUUAAUCGGACUGCUGCCACCACCCUGACCAACAGGCUGUCAGGUCUACUCUGGCUCUAUCAGUCUAAGCCAGUGUUUCUGUACUACUGCCUUUCAUUUUCCUAUUAAAUUGUAGUUCUGACUUGGAAUCUCCUGCUGGUUUGCUUUCAAACUAGUACACUGCCCCAUCACUUUCUGGCAGAACCCAGGAAUGUUUCUGUCCUGACAUUGUCUCCACCAAGCCCUACAGGCAUUCCCUUCCCAGACAGCAGCAGGAAUGGGAUUAGGAUGAAUCACAAACAGGGUAAUCUGGGCUAUGGGACCUUACUUCCUUUGGCUCUGUGGAAAUCAUAGAAUCCCAGAGUGGUUUGGGUUGGAAGGGUCCUGCAAGAUCAGGCAGCACCACUCCUUGCCAUGGAAGGACACUCCACUAUCCCAGCUUGCUCAAGCCCCAUCCAACCUGGCCUUGCACACUCCUAGGGAUGGGGCAGC